CCCCCUCCUCGGCCCUAUUUCGUGGUGAACUUGAGUAUUUAUAGGAAGUGUUCGGCUGGGAAGGACUGGUUAUCACUACUGUUUGACAUCUUUCUCAUCCUACCACCCACAAUCCCCCCAAGAAUACAAAAUGCCCGUCUAUUGCAUCACCGGCACCAACCGCGGCCUCGGGCUCGAGUUCGUCCGGCAGCUGGCCCAGUCCGGUGACAACACCAUCAUCGCCGCGACACGGUCUCUAUCCUCAGACCUCACCGACCUGAAGGCGGUGGCGUCUCCCUCCACCCACAUCCUCGAAUGCGACACGGGCGACGUCCCGUCCAUCCACGCCUUCGUCAAGGCCGUCGCCCGGACCCUCGGCGAGGGCAAGAAGAUCGACUACCUGCUCAACGUGGCGGGCGUCAACCUCGGGUCGUCGCAGAACUCGCUCAACCUCGGGCCGGACGAGCUGCACGCCCAGCUCAGCAUCAACGUCAUCGGCCCGGCCAAGACGGUGGAGCUGCUGCUCGACGGCGGCCUGCUGUCGCCCGACGUUCGCAUCCUCAACAUGACCUCGGGCCUGGCCAGCCUCGGGCUCAGUUCCCAGUCGGCCCGCAAGUGCACCGGGUACGCCAUCUCCAAGGCGGCGCUCAACAUGCUCACGGUGCACCAGAGCGCGGACCUCAAGGCGCAGCUGCCCGGGGCGGUCAUCAUCGCCAUGGACCCCGGGUGGGUCAAGACGAGGAUGGGCGGGGCGGGGGCGCAGCUGGAGCCGAGCAAGAGUAUCGGGGACAUGCUCGUGGUUUUGCACGGGCUGCGCGCCGAAGACACGGCGUCCUUUUAUUGCUACUCCGGAGACAAGGUCCCGUGGUAAGGACUGAGUCGAAUUAGUGAAAACGUACCCAUACAUAGGGUCGUGGCAGCGACAAUGCGGGCCAGGAGGCAGUUGAAUGCAAUGUGUUUUCUGGAUAACGCUGGCUUUGGGAGUAUGUACAUACUCGCGAGCCUACGACGCAGAGCUGUGGAGUGCUCCCUGGAGCGUAGCCGGCAACAGGGGCAGGAAUAGGGCAGUACAGAU